CAGGACCCUGGGCCGAGCGGCUUGAAUAAUGGCUUGCCCUAUGGAAGCAAUCUUUCGCUCUGCACUCUUUUCGUUAAAUAUUGUUCUCAGAAACAAAUACAACGUUUCAGGUAGAAAAGCGCAGUUUUCAUCCAAAGACGAAAUCUCUCCAGGUAAUGGAUAAAAACUUUUAGAGAUGUCCUUACUUUUGAUGUCCGUUUUUAUGAGAUCAGCAGCUGCCUUAAUCACUCUGAUUUUAUCGGCUUCAGGGUCAGCAUCUCUAGAAGCGUCAUAAAAAUUUUGCAAGAUGGUCGAAGCUGUACUCCUAAAUGUUACGACAUCAGCCUUACCAUUGAUACUAGCAAUAACGAUGUUUUCUCCAAAAUGCUCUUUAAGUUUUUCUUUCAUAUACCGUGCGCUGUAAGGUUCUUGGUCGUUGAAUUCUGCCAUCUUAUUCAUAAGAUCGUUCACAGUUAACUGCUCGUCAUCGUUUUCCUUAAGAUAUUUUGCAACCUCCAAGAAUGCCUCUUGCCUAGACUUAUCAGUUGGCCUGCCUUUCUUUUGUCGUUUGCUUCCGUUAGUUUGAUGAGAAAGCGGUACUUGCUUCCCCGUCCGAAAAUUGGUACUGCAAACUUGGUGAUAAAUUGCACCUGCUGCAAUGAGAUCUUGGGAAAAAGAUAUUCUGCCAUGCACUUUCUCAGCCCAACCGUCUCUUCGCUCCUCACAAAUUCGGUUUAAUGUGGUUUGAAAAUCUAAUGUUCUAACAGGAAAAACAUCAUGUCCUCUUUUGUUUCCCGUAAGUUUAGCAGGCUGGCUGCAAAAUAAACAUCGUUCACCAAAAUCAAAUGUUGGUUCACUGGAACGCAGGGUACGACUUGCACUAGAGGAUGUUUCUUCAUCAGCCGUAUGUUUCUUUAUGUAGGAACGAAUAACCUUUACAUGACAGUAUUUCUGCCUGCAUUUUUGAUGUACACGCUGUCCUGCAAAAGUUUGGAGUGUGUCGCCACGUAGUUUACUUGCAUUGUUGAUGCCAUCGCUUCCUUUUUGCCUAAGUUCCACUGUUUCGAGGCCAUUGGUUGAUAAUUCCUUGCAAAUUACACAAUACUCCAUCGUGUGAUGUUAACCGGACGAUAAACCACAUCUUUAACCAUCUAUACUUUACCUUCACACGACAUUUUUCACUAAAGUACCACUCUGGACGUCCAACAAUGCGUUUCUACCAAUACUCGUCUAAAUAAAUGUCUUGUGAAGCGAAGAACUUUGUUAGUUUGAAGGCCAGAGAAUCGUCCAGAGCAGUUGUACGGAGCAAGAAUUUUCCAAACCAAACAAUCGAGAGUCUUUAGAGUCACUGAUACACAUAUAUACUUAUUGAUAGAGAACUAAUUCAAGGAAAACUGUUGUUUUCCAGUUCUCGAAAUAAAAUUUCUUCGAUGUGAUCAAAAAGUUGUUCAAAUCUUUACAUUUAAACACGUGCACGCAUUUUGUUUUCCAAUUACGCCUAUUGUUUUUAGCUGUUUGCUGUAAAAAUUUACGCAUAUAUUUUGAAUAAAUUGCGCGGCAGCCAUUUUGAAUUUAGAAAAAGAAUUCAAUCAUAAAACUGUAAUUUCAUCAUUUUAUCCUUCGAAACGUUUGGUAGACUUUUGACAUGUUAUUUAUAGGCAUCAGUAGAAUAACUUCCGGCAAAAAUAAAUUCUGUUGCAAUUACUUCAAGGUUCGGUCUUUUUUUCUCGUAGAAUGACUAGACUAUUGGGCAAAUUCAGGGCUUGCCUGUAUUUUGUCAGUCUUACUCACACCACCUGGUAAAAUGAUAUGCCUUAUGAAAUGCUCUUUCCCGUCAACUGUAUUUUGUGAAUUUGGCUGUAUUUUUCACUUGGGUGUCAUGCUUGACACUGAAAUUUGAGGCUCAUGAUCGAAACAUGAACCUUCAGAAAUUUCCAGGGUUGACCGAAAAAGGAUCAAAUGCGUAUAUAUUGCGAUUCUGUUUCAAACAUACACUGGCGUUCUAAGCAUGUAAAAUGCAACUAAACACUUAAUGUACUAGACACUAUGGCCCGCUGUGAUCUUCUACUUACUCAGGAAGCGAAGUACGUCUAGUCAAUAAGUUUAAUUAGCAAAUCAACAACUUUGCACGUGCAUUUUAUUGUUUUAUCAACAUUUCUUUGCCAUCACUGCAUGGCCAGGAUGUGAAAAUGCCUAACUACACAUUUUUUAUUGAGGACAUAAACAAAUGAAGACAAACUUUUUUCCUCUGUGAGCAUGAGUUUGCCUACAUUUGACAAAAUAAACGACUUGUAAUGAUCCCGAAAAAGAAUGAAAGAGUGCGAAUUUACUUUUUAUUAAAAAGCAACGUUUUGACAGCUGUAGCCCUCGUGGUACCUCGAACUUGAGCAAUUGAUGUGUGGCAGGAAAAUUACUUCCGGUCACUGUAAAUAGACGCUUCCGUAGUCAUUGCUUAAAGUCUCUAUUCGCUCUGUGUUGCUGUGUGUUGUCAACAUUGGCUGCUAGCUGUUUUCCUUGCUCAUACAGCUCUUGCCAAACUGAUGGAUCAUUUCUCUCUGUGUUCAUGACAUUUAUCACCACACUUACUUCUUCUGCUGCUUCAAUAAGAUUUACAUUACUUUCCUUGAAGCAUCUUUUAUAAGGAGACUGUGUUAGAAAGUACAUGUUCAGUAGCAGAAGGGGUGAUGAUGAAAUCAAUUGUUUGAUGGAACACAAACACCCCCUUGCCUUCCCAUCUCCAUCUUCUGAAAGAGUCUCUAGUGACUGUACUACCACGGGGUAAGCUGUCCGAAAAGUGUAUAAAGAAUCAGCCCCACCUGCCCAUUGUGUUUCGCACAAAGUUCUUAACUUUGCACAUUUUCAUCUCCUCUCUUACUAAAACAUCUUGGCGUAAAGAUUCUUGAAAGGCUAGCAGUCGCUUGAAUGAAUAGUCGAAUGCGAAUGUCAUUGUUUACAAAGUGCUGAGCGUAUUGCGUACUAAAGGUUCCUUCAGUGUGUUACCAAUAGCAAGGUUAAGAGAUUGGCUUUUCAGUGGACGUACACUGCUUCCAGUACACACUAUCUUAUGAUUGCUUGCACACCCGUGUGUACCCCGGCCAUAUUUGCAGCACCUUUGUAGCCUUGCGCACGCAUCUUACGGGUUUCAAUUCUGAACUCUGCUUGAGUUGUCAUAAAUUUCUCAGCCAAUAUCGCAGCUUUUGGGCUUUCUGCCUCUACGAAUCCUAGAAACUCCUUUCUCACCUCCAAGGUGCUAUCUUCAUCUUUCUGGUCUACAAAGCAGACACAAAUUGAGAUUUGUUCCAUUGUGGAAGCAUCUGUUGCCUCAUUUACCAAAAACUUAAAAUUGAGCUCUGUUACAGUCUUAUAAAAGAUUUGCGGAUGUCAUCUGCACAAAGUUCAAUGAGUUCGUUCUGAAUCCUUGGUGAGGUUUACUUUGCUCUGUUGUCAUUAUUUUGUAAGUGAAGUGCAAGAAGAUGGUCAAAAUUGAGGCAGAGAAAGAAAGUUGCUAAUGCGGUCCACAUGCCCCCGCAAUGCAAAAUUCUGUGGACCACACACCACUAUUACAACAAAAAUAAUUAUUAUUGCCUUCAGGAUGAGAAGCUAUAAAUAAUUCAUUAUCAAAAAAUUUAGAAGACCCUACUUGUUUCAUUCAAACAUUUCAAAUUCCCAACCCUCUUGAAAUAUCUAUAAUUUGACCCCCCCUCCCCGCCUACUCACUCGUUCCAUCACCUCCUAACCUGGAACUUACUGUAAUAAAAAAAUCAUCCCCCUUUUAACAUCUUAAAUUUUUGGGGUACCCCCAAUUUCUCAUCAAUUCCCCCUCCCCCAACAGGUUUUUGUGAAUACUUCCUAAAGUCAUAAUCGCAAGAGAUGAAUAUAAGUACACACACUAUGUAAUACUUUUAAAGUAAACAUAACAGACAAUAAAAUGAGAGUUUUAAUUUUGAUAAUUUAUUAGGGCUUAAAAGGUAUCGUGAUGCACAGGUAAUCCAGGCUCUGUGAUAGUACUACAGUACGGUUCCAGUAAAAUUACAGUGUUUGUACUAUGGGGUAAAAAUAAGAUCCUAAAAUUUUUUUGGAAAUACUAAAUUAAAGUCAAGGAAACUUACUCUGCAGUUAGGUGUUGUUGUCAUUAAUGCUCAAACGAAUUUUUGUGAUAAAUUGCUCAAAUUCACCCUCCAAACAUUAUAAUAUACAAGGUAGGAGGCACGAGAUGGCAUCUUGGCCACCAUGCUCCCUUUCCAACUCAACUUUUUCCACAAAAUUUGAACUCCAACAGUAAAUAAACAUGCUAGGGUCGUAGAAAUAGGAUAGCAUCAGAUAUAGAAACCAAUGAAGCUUUCCCAGCUAGCGAAAUGAAACCAACAGACUUUAACAAACUCAAGUUGUUGUGCCAAAGUAGCCGGGUCAGAUCAGUGCACGGCCAAGAAAAUGAGACUUGGGCUCUGUACAAAUCAAAUCCAUCCCAGGUGUCCUGGGGUGACCUUUCUAGGGACUGAUACAUAAAAAUUAUCUUGCACAAAGUUAGCCUCCCCUGCUGGAAAUAAAUUUGAGCAAUUAUCAUGAAGCUUCGUUUGAGCAUUAAGGACAACAACAACUAACUGCAGAGUAAGUUUCAUUGACUUUUAUUCAGUAUUUCCUACAAAUUUUAGGAUAAUAUUUUUCCCCAUACAAACACUGUAAUUUUACUGGAACCGUACUGUGGUACUAUUACAGAGCCCGGGUUACCUAUGGUUAUGCUCUAAUUAUGUUUUGUUUGCAAGGUAUCUACAUAUUCCUCUGAUGGAUGCGGAGAGGGCGUGGAGCCAUGCCAUGGAGUUAAAACUGUUAGCUAACACAGAAUUACGUAAAAAGUUUCAUUACAUCAGAAGACUGCGUAAGGCAGCAAGUCACGCAAGCCAGCUUGAGGAACUCUGCCAUGCUGAAGCCUGUGAUGCAAGAACCAAACUUGAGUCCCAGGUACUUUAGAUGUAGCAUUGCCAAAGUAACCAAAAUUAAGGUCUAAUUGAAGGCAAGCCUGAAAAAGACCGCAGUAUCAAAUCCCCUCUCUGAUUCACAGGCAAACUAGCAGUUUAUCAGAGGUCACUUUGGCCUAAAUGUUUCUCACAAUCCUUCGAGUAUUACUUCAGGUCCUUUAUAGCUUUAUAUCCCUCUUCAUGGUAAAAGGUGAUCCUAUUGUAGCAUUUACUUGCAUCUCUAAUACCAAAAGGGGGCAUAAGGGGUUUACUUGUAAUAAAAAUGACUUUUGGCCAAAAGGAGGUAUCAGGAUUGCUUAUUACAAUAAUAUCAUUUCCAUUGUUGAAACAUGUGGUUAUAUCCAUUCUCUAAGACCUCUGUAUUCUCUUCAUGGUUUUUAUGACAAUUAUUAAUGAUUAUUUGUUCAAAAUAUUUUGUUGUUUCUGAUUGACUCCAAUCCCCUAUUUGGUCCAUUCCUCUCAUCACGACCAGUUGGGGAAGGAUGGAGGAUGUUAUUCACCUGGAGGGAGUAGUUUGCAGGUUGCAGCUUGCUAAUCAGAAUUUGUUACGUGACAUAUGGUCACACUGGAUGUUUCACUCUUAAAUAGUACUUCCAAACAACGUUGACAUUGGUGGGCCUGUGAUGUUAUUUGUCACCAUAUCUGUAAUAUGCGUGAGACACCAUAACGAUUGGUAUAUGGAAAUGUUUCGUAGGAACUGGAAGUUGGUGAGAAUAGCUCUUAAAGACUUCCCUUACACCAGAAUUGGGUCCAGAUCCUUCAGGGCGCCUGAAUAUGAGUGAGAAGACAAAAGAAAAAUGUUUGGAAAAAGGAAGUCCCAGAGAUUUCCCUGAAAAAAAAAAUCAGACACUGGUAGUUAAGAUUGAAGAACAUGAGUGUAGUGGGACAGUUCAUGCUGUUAUAUAUGAGGUAGAUAAGUCUAAAAUCGGUCUGAACCACUCCAGGUUAACACGUGCUUAGCUUCUUUACCAAAAUAAAUUAGUCCCUCUUGUAGUGAAGUGUUGUGUUCUCAGUUCUACUGGUAUCAAAUCCUUCUACAAAAGUGGUGGAGAAUCCAUUUCAAGUACUAAUGCCUGCUGCUAUCGAAGAACUUCAAGGCGCUGUUGCCGGUCUCAGCGAAGUUGUGAAAGGUUUAGUUAACACCGUUCAAUAACAAUCUGCCCUGCUGCAAGCUCACGCUACAGCUUCAACAUCACAAGCACAAGCGAACUGAGCCAAAACGGUCAAAAUAAAUUCAUAGCAAGAUUCAUGGUGGUUUACCAUUUAUAAAAAAAAUCCAGAAAUUUGGUUGUGAAUUUUCGUUCAGUAAGAACGGCAGGUGUCGUUUACCAUUUGCCUAAAAUUUCAGGAUUGUCGCGCCGCACAAGCCUGGAUUCUAGUUACAACAUGAAACAAGUACGUAACUCAAGAGACUUGUAAAUGGUAAACAAAUUUCCAUUCGGAACGUCCCAAUCAGGAAAACGGGACUACCUUUUCAGAGGUUGUUUACCAUUUACAUGGGCAGACUGGUCGGUCUACGGUUUACAGGAACAGUAUCCCGUUACUGUGCAUGGAUCAGACUUUGAUUUUUGAAUAGGAUGUCGCAAAAUCAAAAGACGCGAGGAGAGUAAGAGAACCUUGAAAAAUCUGUUUGCAUCGCGCUUGGCCGAGUUCAAUACUGCACUAAAACUUCUCAGGAUUACAGAUCAAUGAUAAUUGUUCCUGUUAAGUUUCGAUUUGGGCGAAAUCUGGAUUUUUUGGUGUUACUUUUAUUGCCGUUGGCCAGAGGACCAAAAGAUGGGAAGUGCUUUGAUGCCUAUUUGAAGGCUUAUUUUUUAUUUUCUUCUGCUAGCUUCCAUACAAGCUCAGAUAAUUGUGAAAGGGAUACGCAGAAAUGAAACAGCAACAAUAAAGACUGUAAGAAAGAAACCAUUGAGAACAUUGAUGUGACUGAGGGGAGCUUUGUGAAGCAGAAUGUUUUGCAAUGACGCGUUAGUAAACUUUUAAUCUCCCUACCGACAAAAUCAAACAAACAGGUGCUACAUGUUUAGAAAAAGUACUUCCAUGAAGUCAUAAUAAUAUCAUUUUUGACUGUUGAUUCAUAGCGUUGAGAUUGCAUUUUUAUUUAUGUCUUUAAAACAUUUGAGGCUAGAACGCGAGCAAAUCAGGCAGAUAUGACUGGACUUGGAACAAUUGAACUCUGACACGAGUUUCACAUCAGAAAAUCUGUUUUUAAAGCGAGCGGAAAGAGAUUUUCGAGUUCCAAGACGGCCCUGCUAGCGAUAAAAUCGCGAUGAGUCUUUGUGCGGCGAGCCCAAAUUUUAAAUAAGAUGAAAGACUUCUUCGAAAGUCUAAAAUGUUACUCAAGAAUAUAAACGACAAAUCUCCGUCGGUGGUGUGGUCCGGAAGGAAAUCUUGUUGAGUCAAUAUGACAGGUCUAUUGUCUUUUCAAGAAAAAACAGAUGACGCUCGCACGCGCGCAUAAUCGAGACACAAAAUUCAUGACUGGUAAAUUUCGCCCCAGAAUUGCGUUUGCCAUUUGUACGAAUCAGUUCCUUUUACCAGAAAAUGACCAUGAAGUUCUGAAACUGGUAUCAAAGAUGGCGUUGAAGAAGUGGAACAUGAAUUUCUCUUUGGAAUAUUCCUACCGGAAAAACAGGGCUACUUGUUCAGAUGUUUUGUUGCUCCCCAAAAAGUCAUGUUCCGGCCAUUAAAUUACUUUCAAACUGGAUUUUCCCAUAAUCUUUUUGUAAAUGGUAAACAACCAUUAUUUCCAUUUGUCCCGAGAAUUUCCAGUAGGACGAACCAAAAAAACGUUUACCAUUUACACCCGAACAGGAAUUUCUGGGAAUUUGUGGUAAAUGGUAAACAAGCGUAAGUGCCAGUCAGAAACCGUUCUUCUGAUUGCCUCUUUUUUGAUUGGAUGUCCUUAAAGUUGCCUUCCAGUCUGUACUGCGUGGGCCCAAUGGUUUGUUUUGGGUUUUUGUUUUGAAAAGUAUUUUCGUCAUGUAAGACUUCAUCAAAUGUUUCAAUUCGUUAAGUCUUAAAUGAAGUGAAAUAAUGAUUUUUCUUUUUUCCCACCGUCAUGGAUAUGAGCUUUACUCUCGAUGAAAUUGAGGAAAGAGACAUUGAAGUGGCUGCACGGCCAGGACGCGAUGAUAUCUCGGUGUCUACAUGUACAGGCUUUUGCUUAAGGGAAGCAGGAAGAAAUGCCAUUUCAUGUCGUAGUGCUCAGCAGUUCUGUACUUCGAGUUGUCAUCGAGUACGAGGAACCAUAAGAGUGUGCUUGAAAACUUGACUUGGUGUGUGUUGCUACUUUUUUUCCUACGCGAAACUCACAUUUCACAAUGGUUUUUCUUGUUGCAAGGCUACAACAGUGAAUUCAUUAAAGUAUUACAUACCAUAAACUUGCCAUAAAUACUUACUGUUUUAAGAAAAAAGAACUCAUUUUCCGGUACGUAUCUCUUUUUCUACCCUCAUCUGCACUCAUAUCGUGCUAUUUUUCCCCUUCCUAAAUUCCGUUUUUCACCGGGACAUGAAACAACCUUAUCAACUAGCUGUGACUUAUCCGUCAUUAUGCCUCAGUGAAUUGUUGAUUACAAGUCAUUUAUAGGCCAAUUAGCGCUAACUUAGGGCUAAAUUUUAAUCUGGGUUUCUUUUGAAUUUCUUUUGUUCAUAGCCAUUUUCUCGAAAUUAUUUGUAGAGAAAAUGAAUGAAACUGAAUUUGCCUUUCAAGCUUUUAAAAUUCUAAAUUCCAAUUUUGCCCAAACCCAGGGUUAUCUUACCCAGCUUUGAAAACCCAACACAGGUUUUCUUUGAUGCACGAAUAGAAACAGACAUAAAACGUGCAUCUAAAUUAAUUAUGGAUUCACUUGUGACAAAUCUACCGAAGAUUCCAGCCAGUUAAGUAUUAGUCUACUUACAGUAAAAAGGCAUUACAUGCUGGGAUUCUGCAACACUUGACAUCAUUUUGGGCAAGAUGAAGAUCUUGGCUUCCAACUCAGCAUAGUUGAAUUUUUUUCUCUUGAAUCAACACUGGUGCACUGAUUGGUGCAAGGAAAAUAACCUACGCGUAUUGGCCAUUGUUCAUCACUGUCUUUGAAAUGCCCAUGAAGAGGUUCUCACCUGGUGGAGAAAUUUGCUUGUUCCUAAUCAGAUUCUUCCAAUGGCACUGAGGUGGAGAGCAAGAACGAUACUCAAACCGAAUCAGGUUGCACCUGAGGGUGGGGAAGAGGAGGGAGGCCCUGUGGACGGGCUCACACAACCCAGAGAGGUCAAACAGUUGAUGGAGGUCAAAGGAGAGGAGUGCAUGGUAUAAGAUCAGGAGGGGUAGAGAGUAGGACAAGUGGUGGUGGAGGGUCAAGAUGACAUGGACGUGGAAGAGGACUGUGGAAGAGGACAUGGGAGGGUAGGAUUGGUGUGGUAGAAGAGGAUGCAGAACAAAGACAGGCCAGAGUCCUGGGGUGGUUCUUGACUAGUAUUUGAGUAUAGUUGAGCCGCUGAAGGUUUGAAACCCUGGCCCUGUUUAAGACAAGAAACUCCUAAAAUAAAUACCCUAUUUAGGACAUCAACCUUCAUUCUAUUAGUCUGUUUAGGACAAUGGACAGAAUGCACGUAAGAGCAAAUUCACGUUAUAGUUAUUGCUUUUUCAUAGAUAAUGAUGAUAAUAAUAAUAACAAAUUAUUUAACCAGGGUAAACCUGUCAGCUGAAGCUGUUAUAAAUGGGUGCCCUGGGCAACUAUAAAAUUAACAAUGAAAGGAAACAAUAACUAACAGAUCAACUAUCAGAAAAUGAAAAAACUAUGAACAAUGUUGAUGGAUAAAAACUAAGAAUUAUAUAACUACGUAAAUUAAGACUUUUAAAACUCCAAAAUAUUUACCAGAAAUCUAAAAAAAAUGAUUAUCAUUAGGCUGUGUUUUCAAAAUCACUAUAGAGUCAACUUCCUUCAGAUGGGGUGACAAGUUAUUGAAAGCCUGGGCUCCAGUAUAAAGUGUUCCUUUCUUGACAGAUUCUGUACGGACUUAAGGAAUUAAAAUAUCUAAACCAUUACGCCUAGUGGAAUAAACAUGUGAAGACUUAAUAAAAUAAUUCUUAAAAAGAUCUGGAGUAAUGUUAUGGAGACACUUAAAAACAAAAAUUGUGCAUAGUAGAAUGCGCCUUAAGGGACUGUCAACUUAAUUGGCAUAAAAUUUGAUGAUGACUAAGAUUGGUAUCCUUCAGAACAAUUCUUGUAGCCCUCAUUAGAAGUUGUUCUAAAGAAUUAUAUCCAGAAGGAGCUAAGUUGUUGCAAACAAAAUCGCAAUAAUCUAACUUGGGAAGUAUCAUGGUUGUGAAGACUCUUUCAGCUGCAUAGACCGUGAAGUUAUUACGUACCCGACUUAACAAACCAAGUUGACUGGAAAUCUUUUUAUUCAGCUGAGUAACAUGUUCCUUAAAAGACAAGGAUUGGUCUAGGUAUAAAAAUUAUCAAGUGCAAAGCUGGUAAUGGUUUUUUUGCGGGUGAGCAAAAUACAAUAUGGCAAAAGUGUGAUCUUGGUGGGGGUGGUCAGCAGCACUUUAUAAACUGUAUAGCAAGGUUAUUGCUGAAUCUGUCCACUCUCUUGGGAUGCCUUUAUUUUGCCGACUAAUAGGCAAGGUAUGUGGCCUCGAAGGUCCUGGUGUUGUCCUGGUCCCUAUGGCAAUCAUGUGAACGUAAAUUUCUCAAGCACAUGCAACAACAUUUGGUCUAUUCGCAAACACACGUAAUUCAGGUAUGCACAUACUAUACUGAAUGCGAGACUUUUUUAUUCCGACGCCUUCCCCGCCAGACAUUUUAUUUACCAAGCGAAAUGAAAGUAGAGCGUGAUCUUAGCUUAGUGCAGGACGAGCCUAAAAUGCGACUUAAAGAAAACUUGAGAAAACCUUGACUGAUCGUUUCGGUAUGCUAUUGGUCUGACUUCGAGCUCUUCAAGUGUUUUAACAGCGCACUUAUAGUUUCCAUUUUCUUGUACAUUCUAAAAUUAAAACUGUCAUUACUUCCUAGCUUUUCAAUCUUGACAGCUUAUGUACUUUUUAAAUAUAAAUGUUUGUAAGCAAAAAAAAAAACAAGGUUUAGGUAAGUCCUUGAAAAGAAAAUGUGUAACCAAGUAUCGAACGCGAAUUGUGACUGUAACUUAUAAUUAUCUGACUUCUUACAAAUUUAUUUCUUUUAAUAUAUUUCUCUUGAAAAUUAUUUGUGUACUUUGAUAAUAUUAAAUUGUUGGUUUUGAAAAGAAGAGAUGGAAUCUGUUAUAUUCCUUGAAAAAAAUGGGUGAAACCUUUGCACCAAAGUGAAGUAAAGUAAAACUUUAUUUACACAGGGUAGCCCAUUCAGCUCUAAGGCUAGUCUCCAUAGGGGCCCUGUAUCUUAAACAAUUAAUUUACAUCAAGAAUUUGCAUGAACUUUUACAUUUAAAAAGCCUAAUAAAAAUACAAUAAUAGAAUUUAAAAACUACAUUAAAAAGCCUAAAAAUACAAUGCAAAAUCACAUUUAAAGCCUAAAAUAUUUUAAAAUAUCAAAGUUAUGAUAAAAAGAAAUGUCUUGCUCAGCGGCAGAAUGUUUUAAUGUUUUCACUGUUAACAAUGUUUAAAGAGAGUUUGUUGAAAAUUUUUGCGCCCAGUAAAAAGAAAGGUCCUUUUCCCAAAAUUCUGUUUAACAUUUGGUUGGGAUAGCCUCAUACUUUACCUUGUGGAAUAAUCGUGAAUGUUCGAAAAUCUAGUAAAAUACAAUGAAAAAUAACUAGAAAGUAAUGAGUGAAGACAGAGGAAAACGAGUUUAUCCUUGUGGUAAGAGCGUCUGCUGGAAAGAGUCGGCCAGUGCAGCUGCUCUAUUGCUUCAGAUGAGCGAGAGCAACAUGUGAUAAUCCGUGCAGGGUUGGAGAGAGGUUUAACAUUGAUCAAGUGAAAAAGAAUUUAUUAAGGAAAUUAACAGUCUAUUAUUUUCUUUUGUCUGGAAAGGGAAAGACAAAGUUAAACGUCCGGCUUUUAUAAACCCAAUUGAAAAAGACGGACUUAUAAUGCCCGACCUGAACUCGAUGAUUGGCACCCAAAGGUUAAUGUGUAUAAAGAGGUAUUUAAACCCAGAUACAGCCAGUUGGAAGUGUCUCUUAGACUUUUAUCUCAGCCAGGUGGGGGGCAAAUUCUUGUUUCACUGCAACUUUAACUACUCGAAGUUACCUAUAUCCCUCCCUGACUUCUACAAGGAAUGCAUCGUGUCGUGGGUUUCCCUAAACUCCAUAAAUCCUUCUUCAGUCUCGUAGAUUUCAAAUCAAUUCCUAUGGAAUAAUAGGUUCAUGUGUAUUGAUUCUCGUUCAGUGAUCCAGAUGCAAAAUAUCAGCUUGCGAAGUUCGGGCAUGCGCAGAAAGCAAAAUUUCGAUUUCUCUCCUCCCUUCUUUUUUCGCUUUUCUUGCCUCAUUUUUUUUUCUCUUGCUCGGCAUUUAGUAGGCUUCAUUUUGGUGGGAAGAGUUUUUAGGAAAGCUUUUAGGAUCUUAGGAUUAGGUAAAAGGAAAGGUAGGUGAGCAAUGGAACAAGAUUUUCAUGGAGAUUUACAGGUCAACGUCACAUGGUUUUUUGCUUCUUUCUCCGGUGUCCUUGACUGAAUUGUGCUCAUUCUGGUAUGGUUUGAAAGAUCUCUUCACUCUGCACAAGUUGGCGAAGAAAGUUGUCCUUGACGGUUUAAAACUGAUGACGUCACAAAGGGUAGAAAGGAACUGGAUCCGCACGGGCGGUUACGGGCGGUUCAGGUUCAAAUGGGUUAAAGGGAAAAAGAUUUAUACAGAUAAGACCCAAUCUAAAUUAUUGUGUGAAACGCUUUCUUCUCGAAUCCCUUCCGACCCAACGGCUAUCAAAGAAUAUAACGAAAUUUUCAACACUAAGACCUUUCUAUUAGACUGGGAAAGAGUGUACUCAUUACCUUUCAAAAUAACAAAAUUAAGAGAGUUUCAAUACAAAUACUUCACAGAAUCUGUUACACAAAUUUCAUGUUCAAAUUUGGUUUAGCUGAAACUCCAUUAUGCUUCUUCUGCAAUGAAGAAUAAGAGACACUAGAACAUUUCCUCUUUCACUGCGGAAAGGUUAACACCUUCUGGAAUGAGCUAAAGACCAUUCUUAAAUCGCAAGACCUAGUUUCUACCAACUUCGACAUUAAAGAUAUUUUAUUUGGCCUUUUUUGCUCGGAUGAUGAUGACAGUAUUCUUGUUAAUUAUAUUAUUCUUGAGAGUAAAUAUCUGAUUUUUCUUUCAAAGUUAAGUAAAUCACCUUUCUCGACUAGCCUUUUAUUUGCAAAAUGCAAAAAAACAUACCAAAUCGAACGUUUCGCUGCAAAUAAAAAUAACAAACUCCUCUUCCACAAUAACAAAUGGGAGCCUCUCCUGCCGUUGAUGGAACUUCAGCUAUCACCACGCUUUCACAACAACUUCCACCAAAUUAGUGUAGCUUUUUCUUAUUGGUUUCUUCAGGUGGCGCUUGCCUAGUGUCUAGUGUUUAGUAUUUAGUGCUGUAGGUGUGUUGUGCGUUGUGUUUGUGGCACUUCAGCCUGGCAGCUGCAUUCUGCAUUUGUUGGAGCCUGUUCCACAGGUUAUUAGGCAGGUCACGCAAUAGGCUGUUACAUUUGUCCAGAUGUCUCGUUACAAAGGCAUUAACCUACAUAUGAGUACAAUUAAAACUGAGAAACUUCCUUAUUCUUCUUUUGUUAUACAAGUGGAGAAUAGCGGCUUUUCAAAUGUUAUCAAUCUGUGUGUCCAUCUUUAACUGUCAAUCAAACUGGCUUUGAAUGAAGGUUUUUUACUUUGCUAACUGGUGCAGUAGUAGUCACUGACUUGCAAAGAGUCAAUGUUAACUUUCACUAGUUGCUGUCGUCUUGAUGAGCUUUGAAAACAAGCCAUAUAAGUAUGUCUUUAUUAUCAUCAUUACAAUAAAAUUUAUUAUCAUUAUUGUUAUUAUUAUUAAUGAUAUCUAUCAUUAUUUAACUUAAGCCUGUCCAAUGGCAUCCAUUCUCUAUGUUGGCAAUGCAGUUUUGCAUGUUCUCUAGAGCGACUGAUUGCCCCUCGCUGGAGUUUGCUUUGAACGAGUCAAACAUUGGUGUGCCAUCACCAUAAGAAAUGCAUAGACAACAGGCAGAUGACAUUAAUUUUGAUAAUCGUGAUCAUCUUGCUUGCAUAAGGGACUAACAAGAGAUGACCAUGUAGGAUCCCUUUGAAAUGCUAUACUUUGCCUCGAAACGCUGCGAUGUUCUGUUGUCGAUAAAUAAUGGGUUGGAAUCUGUUGUGUAGGUGGUACUUGAACCAGGAGUGCACAUGCCGUGAGAUGCCAAAGUGGGUGUGUAGAUGGUCAAGUGAAAUCACAAGGUGAGUGGUAAUGAAGGCCGUGCUGAGGUCGAGUGGCACCAGGAAAGUGACUCACUGCUGGUUCAUAUUGAGCAAUAUGUCGUUCAUAACCUGCAUUAGCUUGGUUUCUAUGUCAAGAUAUAGAAUAGUUAGAUUAUCAUGAGUUUGACUGAAUACAGCUUCCUCAACUAGUUUAAAAGCCAAUGAGAGGUUACUGAUAGGGAAUAGGUUGUUAAUUAUCACCUCAGCUCUUGGUUUCUUUGGCGUUGGGUGGAUGUUGGCUUGUUUCCAGCUGUCAGGGAAACAAUCAGUUUGUAACAACAGAUUUAACAUCCUGUUGAGAACUGGCAAGUGGACAUCCAGGCAGCCACCUUGGGAAUGGGCGUGGGAUCCAAGGAGUGGGGCUUUGUACUUGAUUUUAUGAUUAAGUACAUGACAUCAUCACUUAGAGUUGUAAACGAGUUAAAGUGAGCUUAGACCAUUUAUAGAGGGUGGCUCCAAAUGUGGAUUAGAGCCAGCAGCAGCUGCAUUAAGUUCAGUGCGAAUGUGUUUGAUAUUCUGGGUAAAGAAGUUCCUGAUGUCAUCUGCUAACACAGUGAUCAAACAGCAUUUUGGCAGAACUGAACAGUUUGUGCUGGUUGUUGCUGUUCACUUGUAUGAAAUUGUUGCAGUAGUUUCUCCGUGCUUUCCUGAUAAUGAAAGGUGGCCUGGGUUUUCUUGGCUUUGAUUGAGAAGUCACUGUGCACUGUUGAGGGCUUCUAUUAGCCUUUCUGAUUCUUCUGUUUGUUUCUGUAGCUUCUUUUUCAUUGCAGUUAGUUCUUUCUUUAAUUAGUUCUGUGUGUUAGCCAGAGCCAAAGAAGCUUUUAAUUCCUUGAGUUCCCGCUGAUUAGAUUUUAGAGAUUACUUCAGUUCUGCCUUAUCUUUAUUGAGUUUGGCAUUUUCCUUCAGGAUGCUUGAAAUUGAAGUUUGGAUAUUCGUCAGCAUUUCUUUUAGCUCCAACAGAAUUGGGUCUUCUUCCUCCGAGCAAUUUUCAAAUACUUCUUCUUUGUCUCCAGCCGCCAUGCUUGGUUUUGUGGCUAAGUUGAGAACUACUUCAGGGCUGGAGCCACGGUCCCCGUUAUUUUUUCUUGUGUUUGUAGACAUAGUAGCAUUAAAAAAGUCAUCGAUAGCAAGCAGUAACCCACCAGUGGUUUCCAAAGAGGCUUAAAGGGCAAGGGAGGUGAAUUUUCCUUGGAGCUUAAAGCGCACGUCUGGCUGCCAUGGCAUCACAUGCCUCUCACUAUCAGUCUAUCUGAUGAACAGAUAAAGGAAUUGUGUCUUCCUCUGUUAUAUGUAAAACAGUAGCACUACGCAUGCAAAACAAUGCAAAAGAAAGCUACUGCAUCCGAAUUUAUAUUCAAGUUAAUUGUUCAGCUUAAAAUAGAAUCUUAGCUUGAUAAGACUGUGUUCCCCUCAUCCCAAAUGAAAAUGCUUUUUAGGCAGCUCAAAAAAAUCUUCUCUACUCAGUAAAACUUUCUUCUGUAGUAAUACCUUUGUCUGUGUGCACAGUAUAAAACCUUUUUUUGUUUCCUUUUUUCUCUUCUUUUUUGGUCCCUUUCUACUUGUCUAUGUACUGUAAUAAGACAGUGUAUUAAGCUGUCUAUUGUUGCUUACUUGUACUGUAAAUAUCAUGUAAGUUUGUUUUUUUUUCUUUAAAGUUACUAAUAAAGUUGAAUAAUAUAUAUAUAACAACAAAUGGGUCUUAAACGAAAUAUAAAAUCCAGACGAAACAACAAAUGAAAGGUGAGAUAUCGAGUACUACAAAUGACUACAAGUGACAAGCUAACUCUUAACCUAACAUGAAGUGCAAAAAAUUAACAAAGAAAACUAACACAAAUCACCCUACCAACUAUUCUCUGUGUACUUGUUUUUAAAGAUGCUCACAAAUUAUUUUGACACACACAAUGCAGAGUAUUUUAUCUUUUGUUAAAAAUGAUCUACUUAAGAAAACACAGGGCGUAAAUGCUGAAGGGCUUAAAUUACAUGAUGCAAUCAUAGUUAGUAGUUGACUGCAGUUACAGUCGUAUUCAGGACUAUGUCCACCCCGAUGAUCAUACUCAACCUAAUUAUGAAUUCUGUAAUAUUAGCUCACCAUAUCAAUGACUGCUGUGUUUUUAUUAUUGAACAGGCAUAUGCCUCCUUUAUGAAAGGCAGUGUGAGCAUUGAACUGCAGAAUUGGAAAGAAGCUCUUGAAUUGUUUCGCCAAGCUAAGUGAGUGAUCAGUUUGUAUAUCUUUCAUAGAACAAGUGAUCAAAGACGCAUUAAUAUACAUGUUAUUUUUGGUUUCUCUAUAGUAAUAAUGUGUAAAUUUCACAGCCAGUUUUACAUGUAUUUAAACUGUCUAGGAAAAAACCUUGAUGUGAUUCUGAUUGGAUCAUUAGACUUUCAUUGCCAUUUGUGACUGGCCAGGGUCAUUUGUUGUAGUAGAUAUAUUGACCAAUUCCCAUUGAUAAGUGGAGAAAAUACAGUAUGUAAAUAACACUGUUAAGGAGCAUGAUGUUUCCAGUAGUAUUUUAAUCCUGUAGUUUGGUUUUAUGAAUUAAUAUCAUUAUUGAAAACCAGCCUAAAUAAUACGGUACAACCUGCAUGUGUAACAACCACUAAUGAUAGUUGUAAGCAACCAGUUUUUCAGAAUAUCUUUAUAAUAAUCUAAGGAUCAUGGCUGGAACCUCCUUAUGGCAGCUACACUGUAUGGCCAUAAUUUGGGUGAUCAAUUGAGAUCAAUCCACACGUAACAUACCCGGUAAAGUCAGGAACAUUGAACUGUUAAAUAAUCCUCUUUUUGAAGGGUUGCUGUAGCGGUUUGACUGCCUAACAGUUCCUUUGGGCUUAUGAUAAUAAUCGCUCUAUUAUUCAUUCAAAAUAAUUCCUAGUUUAAAAACAUUGUUAAAACAUGCUUACCUGCAUCAAUGUUAAGUUCAUCGUCAAUAGUGUACUUGUAGGUUUGUCCAGCUCUGCAAAUAUUCUUCAAAUAGCAGAUGUCGCCCUCCGAGUUGUCUUCUUGCUGAUUUUGCCAUGUUUUUAGCUAUUGUUUUGCCUAGUUCCAGCUGUAGUUCUUACUCUUGAAACGAGUGAAAUGUCUGCCAUUUUUUUUCCACAACCAAAACAACUCAACCUCGUCCCCAGGUCUUCUCGGUAACGGUGCCUUAACCUGUAGUGGGCUGCAUUUUGAACGUUGUUUCCUCGUUAAACACAAAAUUCUUCCAAAUUUGGUCAUCAGUAACUGGUUAUGGUGAAUGAUGCGUGUGCCUUUAGCCAAUCAGAAUUGGGGGAAUAUUUUUAAUGAAUAAUAAUAAUUAUACCUGUGAAGUAUUCACUUUCCAGAACCACUCCAUGGAAGAGAAGAUUGAUAACAAUAACAACAGUUGCUGAUUCCAUUUUUGUGUGUACAAUGAUCCCUGUAAUUGUUUUUUAUGAUGAAAAUGAAAACACACAUCGGUUACUGCACAGCACGGAUCAAUGAAUGAACAGCUCCCCCUUCUAAGUGUUGUUUUUUUGUUUUUCUUUGGUAUUUGCUGAUCAAUAUAGAACAAUCUAUGAAAAAUUGGCUGGAGCAUUUUCUGAUGAGCAACGUGGCAUGUAUGUUCAGAGGGUGGAAGAGAUCACACCAAACAUAAGUUACUGUGCAUACAAUCUGAAAGAAGGAACUACAGAUAUCAAUGAUCUGAUGCAGCUGAGACUGAGUGCCACUGCUUCAGGCGGAACACAUGAUCCGGUGUUAACUGCUAAGAUUGAUGUAAGUCUUUUGUUUUGAUUCGCCUUAAACUGGUAUACCAUUACAGCAAUAAGUAGAAAUAUUAACCAUGAGUGAGGAUGUCAAAUCUGUAUCUCAAGUUUGACAUCAACAUAAAAAUACAACAUCCUUUCUCAAUUACACACCCACUUAUAAAUUUGGCCACAGGGGAUGGAAAGAGGCUUGGUGAUUAUUCAGUUAAUAGCUGCUGCACAAAUGUUCUUUUAAUGGAUGAAAAUUUUCUUUUGACUUUUCAUGAAAUGAUAAGAAAAAAGUAAAUUCUUUGAUUUCUUUUAAAAAGACCUUGUUGGUUAAACUUUGUCCUAAUAAUUAUAGUUAUAUGAAUUUACUGAGGUCACUGAAGAGAAAAGAUGAUAAGAUGAUAUUAGUCUUUCCCUGAAAUUCUAACAACCUGUGGGCAAGGAGAUUGAAGGUGGUUAUUUGCUAGUUUGGCCAAGGUAAUGACAUCUCGGAGAACCCAUAGAUAGGAAGUGGGUUCAGGGGAAAUUCUACAAUGAAACAUUAAUUGCACCAUUUCCCGUGUCCAGUACUGUCUGCACCUGGAUAUCUGAGGAUGAGAGGUUGGGCAAAAAUCUCACUGAUAAAUAUUCAGUUCUUCCUAUGUCUGAGAGUUUAACAUGUAUUACUCCUACAAGAUACCGUUAAUAAAGGGAAAUGUCUUAAGGUAAUACCACUUGCUAAAGUGGUUUUGUUUUAAAGUAGGACAGGUUUUUUUAAUAGUUUUUUACAUUAGUGACUACAAAUGAACAAUCAGAAACUAUUGUUAUUUGUGUGAAGGUGCAUGAUGAUUUAAAUUCAUAAUGUGUUUCAGAACAUUCUGUGAAAUUAAUUACAGUUGUGACCCAGCACUGAUAUUAAAUUGGUAACUACUGUUACAUUUGUCAGCAGUUACUUAUCACAAAAGAGACCAUUAUUAUUUUGUUACUUAAAUGUACAUGUACCUUUUAUUACAUUUGGUGUCAAUUCAGUUUGACAGUAUUUUUUAUAUUUCAUUAGGGUCCUUGUUGCAUUUGGCACCAAGUUUUAAAUAUGUAUUCUCAACGGUGCUAAAUUUUAUGUAUACAUUUCUAUGUAAUGUUCAGGAAGUCAUUGCUCAGACUCGAGAUAAAGAGGCUGCCAGUAUGACUGAGGUCAGCUGGCGUGGCAGGACUGUGCCAGUCAAGAAUGAGAAAGUGCGUUCAUUCAUAUUGCAUGCACAACAAAGUGCUAGAGAAUUGGACAGAGCUGAGACAUUGGACAGCAAGUUAACAUUAUAUGAUGAUUUACUGAUGGAAUGUAAAGAUGCCCUGCAAGCGAUCAAGGAUGAGCUGAAAGUAGACACAGUGAGUUCUGACUUUCUUUUGUUGAAAUUCUUAAUUCCUAAUACCCAAGUCUUAGACUGGUAUGAGACAGCAGUUGCCUUAUAUACAUGUGUGAAGUUGGUCAAAUUUAAACAGUGUGUCAGCCAAAGCGAAAAACAUUUUCCACUGUUGAGUUUCUUCUAUUUUCUGAUAAAAUUUUAUUUUUUUCUGAUAAAAUCGUUUCAGCUGUCGUUUGGUUUUGGAAAAAGAUUCAGAUAAAUCGGCAAAAAUUUACAAGAAAAACGACAGUUCUAACUGAGCCACCAUACUGUGUACUUAUCAAGUCAUUAAAUGAUUCGUGUUGUGCAUAGUUGAAACGUAUAUAUCCAGCUCCAGUUGCUGGAUAGCACUGUCCACCAGAUAAAUUACCAUCCAGCGGAUCAGUAUUAGUUCUUUAUGGUGUGUGUAUACCCUAUCUGGCCGGGCGUACACUAAAUGUAGAGCAAAAUUUAUGGUGUUGUUUAAGAUUAUUUGAUUUGUAUGUGGUGUAAAGUGAGGGAUUUUCUUUCCCGUUUGGACAAAUAUAACAUACACGUGUAACGAGAAUGGACUGUGUCGAUUUGUGUUUUAACCCUUUACAGAGUGAAUGUUUGGGUCUUGUAUGGUAGUGCUAACAAUUGAGUCUGGGGACAAAAUCCUGUCGUAUUACCAUUUAAAUGAAACACUGCAAAAGAUGAUCUUUUGCAGGGCCACUUGUGGAAGUGAAAGGAUCAAAGUUGAUUGGUAUCUGUUUUUGCAGGUUUCUGGAAAGCUGCGUUCUCAAAAGACGGAGACACAAGUUGGAAACAUGCAAUUCCUUCAUACUUACAUUACUUUCAUCCGCUUAAGUAAAACAGUUGAAAGGAAUUUGCUGAUGGCAGAGUCAAUGAAGUCCAGUUUACCAGCCACCCUGCAGCUGCAUUCUGUGGAGGAAGGGACCUCGUCAGAAGCAGGCCCUUCUGGCAGAAAGACUGCUAAACCAGAGGACCUUGUACGGAUAUAUGACACUAUUUUGCAGGUGGGAACAUAGGUUACGAUUAUUGAUUUUUAUAAAGUCAAACUACCUCCAUUCUUCACAAUGGUCACGUUCUUUGUGCUGGCAAACAGGCCACAGCCCAUAUAUUCACUCUUGUGUGAACCUCUCUCCCACAGUUAACUCUCUUAAUGUCCGUAUUAGUGUCUGUAAGCUGCAGUUACAUAAUCUCUUAACGUUUUGUAUCCAUCGUUUGGUAGCAAGAGUGCUUUUUAUAAGUUUUGUAUUAAAACGAAACAUCUAGCUAUAGCAACUAUUGCAUUAUUGCUCGAGCUUCCAAAGGAAACGCUCGAGCUUGAAAAUGAGCUCUUUUUUUGCUCCUGGCACAAAUUGCCCUCUGGCGUCUUCUGCGCGUGCGCAAGAUAUAAGAGUAUGCUAAAAUAGGUCAGCGGACUAAAGCAGAGCACACAGGGCCCCUUGUCUUAGGCGAGCAAAGCCUUCUGUCUUUGGUGUAUAAAACUCACUGUUAUCGUAAGAGUGAGUUCUGUCAUUUCUUACAUGCGAAAUCUUUAAACCAAACGCAUACGCUGUUCAUCUGUAGAUCUACAGUAAAAGAUGGCGAGAGUAGAUUUGGAACGGUUCAGUUCAUUCGACUGACUUUACAAGACCAAUUUACUACAAACACUUCCGAUUGAAUCUUACAGAGAAGCCCUCUCGAAGUAGGUGAACUACCCGCGGAAUUUGAACAGAGUGUUUGUGAUGAACUUUAACUUAACUUUAACUUUAUAGCGGAGCUCUCGUGUGCGUGAAGCGCGUGCAGCGGAGCACCAUAGAUAAGAAAAUUUAGUUAUCUACCCAUCCGAGAAAAAUUGGUUAUGACGUCAGCGUACUCCGUCCGUCCGUUUCUGUGGGGGUGAAAGAAGGGAAUCAGGUGACUGCCCGUUGGGGGCGGAGUAUGAUGUAUUUUCUUGGCGGGAAAUGGUGCGAUGCAUUUGUGGAACCCUCGUGUGACCACUGUCGUCGCGUUCAAAAACUUGUUUACUUUAAGGAUUUUGUGACCGUGAUGGUGGAAAAAAUUGUUAUGGCAACAAACAAUAGCGGAUCAAAUUCAACGUAUUUGCUUAUAAGCAGAGAGGAAGAAUUAUCAGGCGAAGAGCUAGCAAAGAGAAUCGCCGAAGAGAAGUGUCUAUGCUGCAUCUGGAGACUUGUUUACUGACAGCUGCAGAGUUUUAUGUCAUCUUAUUAUGAUUUAGCCGUCGUUUUCUACUGGAUCUACUCAAAUACAGCUGCUAUCAAGAUUCGUUUGUUACUCUUUGCUGGCGUGUUUAAUGGGUUUUUGGUUGAGAAAUGUGCCGCUUGAAAAAAGUAAGCUUUCAAAAAUAAGCUUCUCUUAGUACUUUCCCUUGCUGGAUGCGUAAAAGGGUGAAAAAUCUUCCGCGAUUCUGGCCUUAGUCGAUGGCUAUCACGAGCUGCAUCUCGACCAGUUAGCUUGAGUAAUUACAGUAUUGCAUUUGAUGUUUUUUUUUCUGGUUUAAUGUUCAUGAAGUCGAGCAUUGUUUAUGCCAUCACUUUAUGCGCAUUCAUUUGAUAAGAUUUCAGACAAUGAUCUGACCUAGUAUAGAAUUUAUUAAGUCUUUAGAGAUUUUCUGACUGCGAUUAAAAAGAAGUCGUUCUGAAAAAUAUUUAGAUCAUUUCGACCUCUAGGUUGUAAAACGAAGCUAUGAGCGAUGUUCUUGCCUCGAGUUCAUCUUCAAAAUCAGCAACAGAAACAGGGCGAAAAUCUGCAAGGUUUUAUUCAUGACUCAUGAUUUUCAGAGACACUUCAAUACAUAUCUUCGUGAAUAAACAUUGUUGUCCUUUUAAAUGUUUCAUUGAAUUAUAUUAUUUCUUUGUCUUGAUUGUUUGUCAAGAUCUCUUUUUUAUCGCUUUUCCGGUUGUCGUUUUCAGUCGUACAUGAACAUCGCAUGCAGGAGAACUCAAAAUGUCGCGUAAAUCAAAUGAAUAUGGAGUUAAGAAGUAAAAGCGAGAAAAGGCGACACGCCACGUGUCGCCUUUUCUCGCCUGGGGUGAUUUUCACGCGCGCUCGCGUUUUGCUCGCUCUACUAUCCAUGAGAAAAAAUGGGAGACUACUCGUAGUCUAUCUUGCUAUUAGUGUUCAUUCAAACACCCGACAGUUCGCUCUGGAAGUUUGGAUGGGUGAUUUUGGAAAUUAUAUUAAAAAUAGAUGUUUUCGAAAGUUUUUGCUCAAAGCCGAUCAUUUAAUACCCUGCAUAAUUGAAUAACAGCAGAAUGACCUGACUGAAUAGUCCCGUCUUAUGGUGCAUUCUCUCUAUACUUGCAACGUUUUAUGUUGUUUUGUCAUAUUUAUAAGCAUAAUUUGUUGUGGAAAAGAGAAGCGCGUGCUUCGAUCGUCUCGAGAAAACUGCAGAAUUAUAAGUAAUUUGCUCCAAGGUCUGAACGAUAAACAAACAAUGCCUGGUAGUUCUGUUUACCUCAGAGGUGAUGUAGAAAGGCGGGUUUUCGUGCUAUCAUGCCAACACCAGAUUUGUAAAGUAAACCUGCAGCGUACACAAAAAAAAUCUGGCCUGAUUCAGUUUUCACUUUGGCCUUUCCUUUAGACAGAGAGAUGAAAAAGAAUAAGUUUCUAGUACUGUUUGUAAAUUGGCUGUUCCUAGGACUAUCGUGUCUUAACGGCCAUUAUAGUAUAAAAUCAUAUUUUGGGACUGUCUACUUAACCUUAUAAAAUAAAGGUGGUGUAGGUGGGCAAAUAGGUCAUUUUGCUUGGGAAGAAUUUGUUUUACACGUCUAAUCUACCGUGGUCGAAGGUGAUUGCUAUUUUUUGGUUGUAAGGUUUUAGAUCUUGUUUUAUUCUUGCACUGUUUGAAAAUUAUUUUUUUCCUUUCAAAAACGUAUUAAUAAUUCAUGAGCUCAACAACCUAUCACGACGUCAUUGUGUCAAGUCCCCCCAAAUGUCUAAGUUAGUUUCUCGAGUCUUCAGUUCCCGACGCUAACGUAGAAUUUGAACUUUCAUUUUAUGGUGUACAAGUCGAACGAUGAUCGGCCUGGGUGUACAACCUCUCUUGCCAGUACGGUGGGAACGGCUUAAAUGGUCUGAAGACACUAAUACCAAGUUGAUUUAAUAGGAAAGAAGUCAAUUGCUUUCGCGUUAGUAUCUUCAGGGUCAGUGCCAGUGGGCUCAGAGAUUCCAAAUAUCCGGAUGUUAGCACUACGAGUAUACUGUUCUAAAUCAUCUACUUGUUCGCGUAGCAUGGCAUUCGCAUCCUCCAGACCGGCGAUUGUUUCUUGCCAAGCUUUAGUAAUUUCCUGUAAUUUCCCAACCUCGAACUGUAAGGUUUUAGGAAGCGAGCUUUUCAACUGAGUAUAAGAUACGUAUUCACCAACAGCGGUGCGAGCCAUAACGAGAUCCUUUGUAAGCUGAGGAAGAGUAGUAGAAAUCCAUUUAUUUAGUUUAGUCUCAAAAUGGGACCAACUCUCUUCUGACCAAUUCUGGUUCAUCGCUGACCCAGAAAUCAGGUCUUGAGAAGCCGCUUGUUGGUUGUGAAAGGCUGCUCUGGUCUUUCCCAUGAUGAAGAGGAUGAGUAAAUCGUUAAAGUAAAAGAAAGGAGACUAGAAGGUAUUACGCUUCCCUACAUAAUCUCCAAAAGUUGAGGAUUAGGGGAGCAUCAAAAACCAUACGUCUAUCUUGUUUGAGAACCGCUGAUCAGAGUCAGAAUAUUGUGCAAGACUCUUGACUAAUUUUUAAGGUGGCCCGAACCUAUUUAUAUGCGUGUUGGUUACGUUUUUGAUUUGCGUUUUUCAGAAUGAAAGAUUCCACCGAUUUCUGUGAUGUUUGGCAUACCAAAUAAAUAAUGAUGGAACUUUAAGAAAAUAUUAUUUAGCAAAUAAGCCUCAGAGCUCUCUAGUUUUACAUCUGCACGUUUGAAUGCAAUCGUGACCGUAGAACUCGCCGCACAAAAUGCUGGUCAAAUUUAACCUUAAAAUGCUACGCUAACACAUUUGUGAAAGGUGACGCACGAAUAGAGGUAGAGUGCCGACAGACUAUCUCCUCCGUGAAAGGAUAUUCCUACCUAAAGCUUUAUUGCAAGAAACAGAGUAAUCAGAAACUUACGGCAAACAUAGUUAGCACUACAAGAAGAACAACUUUAUGCUGAGUGCGUGGUAAUAUUGCAGAACUUCUAUUCAUCAAACUUACGUUGUAUUUGUCUCUCUCUUUUGGAAACAAAUCUUAACAAAGCAAAAUAUAUUGUCUACGAAAAACUGUCAAGAGUUUUUAUCGUCGCAGGUUCUUGUUUUGAAGAGAAAAGGCUACCAACUCCAGUACUUCUAACCAUCCAUUUUUCAGCUGCAAGGAAAACCCUUGUAUUUGGUAAUUUAUUCAAGCUUUUUAGACUUGCCAUCACAUUCGCACGGGAAGUUUACCACUUGGGAGUAAAGAUGAAGACAAAUAUGACAAUCGUCUUAUUCUUCUCAUUAUCCCCAACAGCAAACUGCCCGUAAACAAGUUUCAAGAUGCUGCAUACAUUUCCCGCAUGAACUCACCUGUCAAAUUUUGACCAAUAAGAGCCUAAAUAUUGGGCGCAGAGCGUGACCAACGCGUGACCAUGCUAAGAAAAGGUCUUCCCCGCCUGUAUUUUUAAAUAACUAGCUGAAUUUUCGCGUCCAUAGUUAGUUUGAAAUCAAAAUCUGAAUAGUGCGACGCCUUCGUGACAUAAACACAACAUAUUUUAUAUAAAUUUAAAAAAUAAUAAACUUGAGCCUGCGAACAUUUGAAAACCAGUAACUUGUCAGCGGAUAACUUAAAAAAGUACUCAACCUCGAUGGGUCAGUUUUGUGUCAACUUGUGAUGUUUUUAAAUGUCUUUUUCCACUGGAUGUGCAAAAUGAAAUACAGCUGCUAUCAAGAGUCCUCUGUUAUUCAUGGCUAGUUUGUGUAUUGGUUUUUUGGUUGAGAGAUGCGUCGCUUGUCAAAGUCGGAAAUCCGAUUUCGGAUGGCAUCGUUUUCGUUUUUCACCUUGCUUGAUGCGUAUUGAAGAGGAUUCAAAAUUCUCGAGCGAUUCUCGCGUUACUUCGGUUACUUGAUAGCUUUCAGGAGCUGCAUCUCGAAUAGUAAGCCUGAGUAAUGAUUGCAUUUGAUGUUUGUUUUUUAUAUCUAAUUUCAUGUAGUCGAGCAGUUUAUGCGGCAAGCUUAUGCACGUUUGUAAGAUUUGCGACAAUGAUCUGACCUAGUAUCAGGUUUGAUAUAAGCUUACAGAACUUUAAAAAGCCCUAAGAUAUAUUUUCUCACUGCAAAUAGAGAGAAAACGUUGCGAAGAAUAUUUAGUUAUAAAUUUGGCUGUAGAAAAAAAACUUUGAGCGAUUUUGUUGCCUCGAGGUCGUCUUUGAGAAAAGCAAACACCAGGAGGCCGGCUUAAAACAUAGACUAGCUUGAAGACUCAGGAUUUUUAGAAACGCUUUAACACUUGUCUUCGUGAAUGAAAAUUGUUGUCUUUGUAAAUGUGUCAGUUCUUUUAUUGAUUGUUAGUAGUCUCUCUUGCAAUUUUAAUCGCUGUGGCGUUUGUUUUCAGUCGUUCAUGAACAUCGCUUACAGGAAUUAACUCAAAAUGCUGCGCGUAUCAAACGCUUUUUAAGAUUACACAUCGUUAUAAAACCCUUAAAUAAAAAAAAAAACAUAAUAAAUUCUUUAUUAUGUUGAAGCGUAACUCUAUUAAUGUUCACUGCAAAUUUGGCGCUUGUCAAAAGUGAGAACUGGCUGACCGUAUAAGUGAUUUUGGAAAUUUUUUGUAGGGUUUCGCUAAAAGCCCACAAUCGAUCGUCCUGAAUAUUGACUGAAUGCAAAUUGUCUUGAAAAAUUGUGAAAUACAGCACUCUUUCCUAGGUCUGUAUGAUAAAUAGUACUGUUUCACCUUAGAUUUAAUGUAUAAAAAGCAUAAAAGGUUGGUUUACACACCCCCGGAUUUGUUGGCAAGAUUUUGUAAAGUAAACUUGUCGAAAGCAAAAAAUUUCGUCUGAUUUGUUUUCCAAGAAUGUUUUCCAGGUCUAAUCUACUGUGAUCAAGAGCCAUUACGGCUCUUGAAUGUGAUCGAAGAUAAUUGCUAUUUUUUGGGUGUACACAUGGCUAACAACUCGAUGUACGAUGUUUCACUCUAAAAUCACUUAGCCUUUCCCUCAAAAGUCACAUGAAUUUGCCCUUAAGUUAACUGAUUUGUGGAUUACAAAUUUGUUGUUUGAUUUAAAUAAGAAAUGUAUCAAUGGGAGCUUGGCUUUUAGCCCUGGCUAAAUCUAUACAUUAUUGCUGGUCUUUACACUAGAGCCUAAAUAAGCUAAGAAAUAUUUCAGAAAGCUUUACGCACAACCUAUCUUGUUUUCUUCAGGUUUACUUAAGCCUUUUUUUUCCCACACAACAUAAUUAAGAUUGAUUGACAUGCUUCGCCUUUCUCAAAGCUUAGAAACCGCAAGUUCGGUAAGUCGGUUUUAAGGAUGGUUUUCAAGUCACUUGAAACUUUCUUGAAUCGUUCCAAUUUUCCAACUUUAAUGAGAAAAGUUACUUGAGAUUUUACUUAGGCCUUUACACGUAUUUUUUGGUUAAGUAAAACUUAGCAGCUCUUAAGUCUUACUUAACAGCCUAGUGUACAAGACAACCAUUAUCUUAAAUAUCCUGAUUUUUAUGAUUUUGUAGAACCUGACUGACAUGGCUGAAUUACCAGGAAUCAAUGAAGACUUGACUUUCUCCAAAGAAAUUGCGGCUAAAAUUCUUCAGUACAAAGCUCAAAGGUUUGGCACAAUCCACCUACUGCUACGAGCAGUACUCAACGUGACGCCAAUGCCACCCUGCGUGGUGUGCGUCGAAAGGGCUAGGGGAGAAAGGGCCAAGGGGAAAAAAGGAGAAGAGUCAGGGAGGCCAUUGAAAUAUUUUGUCGAGCUCCAACAUUGAACAGGGGCGCUUGUUACGUGCUCCCCGCGAUCUAUCGGGACGUUAUACCACAUGAUUCACAGUAUAAAUCACGUGCCAAAACGCCCAAAUCCAUCACUUGAUAAAGAUUCCUCGAUGGAAUCGAAAGGUUGUGUUUUUCUUUCCGGUAAAUUGAAUCUUCGUUUCAUUGUAAACAGACACUGUGAUGGCCAUACCAUGGUACAAUUGAUGAAGAUUCACCACAAGCAUACCUAUAUAAAGCGAUCGCCCUCGAUAGCAAGUGACCCUAUAACGAAAGAUGACUUCUUGAUGUUUAAAAAGUUAAUAUUGGUUAACUUAAGCCUUCUUUAGCCGGUAGAAAGACAGUUCGAUUUCACUGUUAACCCGCUGUUUUUCUUGUAGGUGCUUAUUUGUGGCACAUUCGUAUCUUUUUUCCAAGAAGUGGCCCGAGGCAGUGUCAUUAUAUGCCCGUGUAGUUAGUCACGCAAGCUCUGCUAUCACGCAUCUCCAAGAAUUAGACUCGAUUGAAUCACAGGUUUGUACAUAUUAUUGUCUAUUUGCAGAGGAAGAUGCACUUCACAAGGCGACUAUCCAGAGCUUUUUUUUUUAUCAAUGAACAGUUAUCAACAGUUGACGAUCCAAUAGAUAUAAUUAUUGACGAACUAUGUAAUAAAACUGCGGUGGAACUUGUAUGGCAAGGGCACAAUCGAAACCCUUUCUAUCGUUCGCCUCUUUACCUUGUCCGCUUAUUACAGGUUUCGUUUCACACUGAUUUUUACCGACAGUAUUUUUUUUUUUGCAACAGGCCAUAAACAGCCUUCAGGAAUUGAUUUCACAGGCGAGAGGCUUCAAAUGUUCUGCUCAUGCGUCCCAUAUCUUAGGUAAGUGCUAGUAAUCUCUACAAUAUCUUUGACAGAAAAAUAAUAAUAAUAAUAAUAAUAAUAAUAAUAAUAAUAAUAAUAAUGAUAAUGAUAUAGUAAUAAAAUGAAGCAGCUGUUGAAAAGCUUCCACCUUUGUCGAGUCCUGUUUAAAGGACAUUAUAGAGGACACUAUUUUAAGAACACUUGUCUAUGUCAAAGAGUCUGAUCCCCCAGAUGCACCACACCAUCGUUUGACUGGCGAUUUUUUUCCUGUCCAGUCAAGGUGGCUCCGUUAUUAAUACUGGAGCAUUUAGCUGUGACAAAUUUUCCGUCAUAACUUUUUCGUUUUUAACGCGAUGGCUGCGAAACUUUGCAAAGAACAACAGAUAUCAUCCGGCCAUAGUACCAAAUAUUCCGAUUUCAUUGAUGGUACUUUUAUAUUUCUUGAGAAAUUAGCGCUUAAAAGGACCCUACUGUUCAAACAAAAUCGCUUCUAGUAAAAAAUUUUGCUGGUAUUUCUUACUGAAAUUUCUGGUAUCGGCCUUAAUUGAUAUAAUAAAUAUGCCGGAGAAAUUUCAGAAAAAUCGUUGGAGCAGAAGUCCGUAACUAAAAGUCGCUCAAAAUUUAGCUGUGAAAUUGUUUUGGAAUUUCAAAAAUAAAUUACUAUCAGGUAGAAGAAGACACUAGUUCGAAUUUUCGGUUAAAGUAAAUUGCUUAUUCUGAAAACAAAAGGCGAUUGCCUAUUGUGCUAUUCUUUAAAAGGUACUUUUUAGUUUUAGAGGCACUAUAAAUUGCUCCAACCUUGCUCUGACGUCGAAUUGCUUGUUCCUUGACAUUUUUAAAAUAUCCCUUGACAGUUUUGGUUCAAACUGCUGCUACAUACAUUUUGAUGCAUUGCAAUGUAUCCUCAACGGCUUUUCCCGCCGAUACGAGAAAUUUCAGUAAGAAAUAUCAGCAAAAUGUUUUACUAGAAGCAAUUUUCUUUGAACAGUAGGGUCCUUUUAAGCGCUAAUUUCUCAAGAAAUAUUUACCAUCAAUGAAAUCGUAAUAUUUCGUACUACUGCCGAACGAUAUCUGUUGUUCUUUGCAAAGUUUCGCAGCCAUCGCGUUAAAAACGAAAAAGUUGUGACGAAAACUUCGUCACAGCUAAAUGCACCUGUAUUAAUGACGGAGCCACCUUAAAAGUUUUCAUUUUCAACAAGAAAGCAACAUGCUAUGCUCAAUUCUACUUGGAAAGCAAACCCUUAUCUGGUAAAGACUCAAGUAGGUUUUUGGGGGUGAAAGAAUUAUUACGAUUCACGUUUUGGAAAGUACGCCUUUACUCAAAAUAAAAGUACCCUAAUUUUGUAGUAAAAGUCAAUACUUUUUAUCCUGAUUAUAAACAGGCUUGUGGCUCCUCGUUAAUGGUCUUAUUAUUCUCCUUUGCGUUUGGAUCCUUUCCUGUGCAAUCGAACUUUUCUUCGCGGACAACUUUUUAUAUGGACAUUUUUUUGUUACAUACAGUUUCUUGGUCCAGAAGAUACCAGACUUCGUACACCUCUGCAGUACAUACAUAAGCCCCAUGCAAAUGGACGCAACUUUGUUGCUAACAACUCCCAACAUUGUUGGCUGUUACAUGUUCCAUCCGUUUACACGGCUUUCUUUUGUUCCGAGAUCGCCGAAGCGUAGCGCAACAAUGUUGGAUCCGUUUGCGCAGCUCUUCCAACAUUUUCGGGGCCAUGAACGCGCAUUAAACAUGGUUUUCUUGGAGUCUGCGAAGUCUUCUUGGGUUGUGUCCUUCCCACGAAGCACUGCAGGUCCCAACAUUAUUGGGCGUUGCUGCAUCCGUUUGCAUACAUACAUACAGAAACUUUAUUUUUCCUCGAGUUUAAGAAUAGCCUUAAUGAACUAAUAUUUCCGAGAGAAAACAAAAUCUUACGGAAUGGUAAUAGAAAAUAAGACUAUAUACAUUAUUUGCAAAAACUAUAAACUAUACAUUACACAAUACUUUAAAUCAUAUACUAUCUGGGCCAGUUCAUUGGUUCAUUGGUAGUAAGUUCCAAUGUUUAGCUGUAUUAUUAGGAAAAAGAAACAAACACUGAAAAAUUACACGACAGUAGAAAUCAACCCUUAAGCAUUGUCGCGUAAUUUUUACGUGCCUAAAUAAAGUAGAGGCGAUAUUUGAAAGGUCACACGUUAACGGAAAAGUUGAGCGAGAUUCAACUUUUACGUUUAAGCGUGAUCUUCCAUAAAUUGCCUCUAUUUCAUUGACGCGCGUUAUGUUUACGUGCUUACGUACGUAAAAAUUACGCGACAGCAGAAAUCCGCCUUAAGGGUUGAUUUCCACUGUCGCGUUAUUUUUCCGUGCGAACGUACGUAAAAUUUACGCGCGUAAAUGAAAUAAAGGCAAUGUAUUGAAGGUCACGCGUAAACGUAAAAGUUGAACGGUUUACCUUUACGUGCGUUCGCACGGGAAAAUUACGCUACAGUGGAAAUCAACCCUUAAGCGGUAAAUUGCAUAUGCUAUGGUUAUAAUCCAUCUCACUCUGGUAGUGAAUAUGUUCAAUCAUUUUCACAGAGAAAGAAGAAGUUGCAGACGAAAUGUGUGAUAUGUCAUUGAAUGAGAAGGUAUUGUAUUUGAUAGCUAAUCGAUCUUGUGUAUUAAUAUGAGAGACGUCUGUUGACUCGAGCAGUUGGGUUUCCUAUUUACAUUCACGACUAUUAGACGGGAAUGGGUGUGCAGCUCAAACUGUGAGCCUGAGUGUUUAUUGCCCAAGAAAAUGCACCAAAAUUUCCUUCCAGCAGCAGCCUUCUGACGCUACUUAAGAUUAAUGUGAGUUAUUUAGAACUUUUUAUUAAUCAUUUUAUCACGGCUAUUGAAAAUAUAAGGUUUGAAAUAUACUUUCGUUUUAUUUCAGUUCAAACAUACAGAAUUUUUUACUUCUCACGGAGAUUCAUGGUGUCGGAUUUUCACUAGCAGGUCUAUAUCGAGCAAAAUUCAGAUUUUAUCUAUUUCAAAGUUUUUUGUUUAUUGUUGUCACAGUGAUCGAUUUUACUAAAAACUGCAUUUUGACAAACUUCAAUUCAUAAUCAAUCACUGUUGAAAAUUUUGUAGCGAUCGGACAAGGAUAAAAUCACUUUUAAGGUGAUUGAAAACCAUCAGUAUGGUCAGGCCAUGCUAUUUGUUUUGGAAAGGUCAAUAAAAGAGCGAGGUUUGUUUUUUAUUGUUCUUUAGAGACAUUUUUUUGUGAGGAUUGUUCUGAGAAUUUUGAUUUCGACCCACUUGAUUUUCAAACUGUUUUGUGCAGUGUGAAUAAGAAGGUACUCACUUGACAACACAUACCUAGGUUGUUUAUAAAGUCGGAUUUUAAUGACCAGUAACACAAAUUGCGCUUUCAAGAAGUCCUUUGAUCGUUUACAUCACACAGAUGAAAUAUUAAGUUUAAGCUUUUCUAACAAUCCUGUCAACAACACUGCUAGAUUUAAUUUAGCUAAGUAGAAUUGAGCUUAUAGUUUGUUAUUCGGUCUAUUUUUUACGCAGGUUAUAAAUGAUAAUAACGAUAAUGGUAAUGAUAAUGAUGAUAAUAAAUUAUGCGCUUAUAUUGCGGAAAUAUCCAUAACAAUGAUCAAAUGCGCAUUACAUCAAAGAAUUACACGACUAUUUACAAUACGAAGUACAAUAAGAGUAUGUACAUUACUAUAAUACAAGAUCUAAAAUAUUGAUAUGUAUCUAGUAAAAAUUCAGGUAAUUAUAAGCAGACUUGAAAGGUGUGUCUCAAGAUGGCGAAUAAAAAUAGGCAAGUGAGGAUUGUCGCGAAGUUGGCGCGGUAAAGCAUUCCAUAACUUAGGCGUAGCCACUUGAAAGGACCUAUUAUCUAGUGUAACCUUAGUUCUGAUUGUUGGCGACGCUAGCAAAAUCCCACCAGACGUUCUGAGGCUAUAUUGGCCUUGCGAUUCCAGAGUAAAUACGAUUCGUGACAUUAGAACUUGGGUCAAUUGAACGAAUAACGUUGACAUGUUGUGGUGGACGCCCUUUUCUGUCUCGCUUUCAGUGUUGGCCUCGAAGGUCUUUUGUGAAUUUUCAGCCGUGUAGCUCAAGAGUAGCGAUUGCAACGGCCGCCGAACCAUUCAUGUCAGGCUUGAAUGGUUUUCCAUACAAAUCCCUGUACAUUUUGAACUUUUAUUGUUUUCCUCGGGGUCUAGGAACUUGCGAUUGCGACUGAUGUUAUGUAAAUGAAAGACAGCUGAGCUACAGAGCUUGCUGAUAUGAGUAGCCAUACUUAAGUUAAUAAUCAAACGGAACCCAGAUUCCUGACAACUAGCUUUGCGUUCACUACAGACUCUUCAACAGUAAUGCUAUACUUAUGUUAACCUUAGCUACGUAACUGUUGCCUGGUACUGAGGAGCAAAAUCUAAAACGUAUCAUCAUUUAACACGAGUCGGGCUCUAAUCAUCCACUUCUUAAAGCGCAACAGCGAUGAGUUUGUUUCAGUUCGGCUUUUUAGCGAGAAAAACCUUGCUUUUUUUAAAACUAUACCUUUGAAUUCAUGUUACACAAGAAUAAAUUGUUUCUUUCCCCGCCAGUGGAUCAAAGCUGGUUUCAGCUCCGUACAUCGAUGGGGCUUUGAACCCGAAAGUGGAAUUUGUUAAACUUGCUUUUCUUCCAUGGGCGACCGAAAUAUAAUUCUAAAUAUGCUUUGAAAUAAUCAUUUAAGAACCAAGCAGGACAACGCAGCAACAACAAAAAAGAAGACAAGAGAAAAAGUCGGAGUCCUCCACAGGAUAUUAGGGACUUUAAGAUAGGAUGGCAUGCCACUGCGCAUGAUCGGAAUCACGUGACUGUUUAUUUUUCCGGCGUAGUCCAGCGGCUACGGUGAAUUGUUGAGCGGUUUCGCGCAGUCGCGACUACGGAGAACAUUUUGCUCGCAUUUUGCCGUCUCGGUAAUUCUACAAUUUCAAUUCACGUGCUUUAAGUGAGAGGGAAGCUAAAUAUGUAAGUUUUCUCUAACUCAAGAUUCACGCUUUAAAUAUACUCGAGCCACUUAAAGUUGUGACUACAUUUUUAUUUGUUGCCCAAUCAAAAUGGCAAAAACAUCUUUGAGAUAAUCGAAAGCAUGGCGAUACUGCAAACUACAUCAAUAAUCGGAGAAGACCAUCUUCUAAAUCUAAUAAAAUACAGAAGAAUUAUUUUCAUUAUUCUUAAGAUAAGAUCACAUGCAAAAUAAUUGCAUUUUUGUGAACUGAAUAUGAAAACAAGAAAAUCUUUGCUUGUUGUAUCCCCCUCUAUUCCCUUGUAGUGUACUAUCUGUAGUCUGCAAACUUAACGUGCUAUUUUUGUACGACUCAUCCCAGUGCUACAAAAGGACAACGUUCGUCCAGCCGUAGUUUGCAGUCCGUAGUUGUAUCUUAAAGUCCCUAUUCGCCGCUGGUCACCCAACUGGUUUCUAACCGCGACUGGCACACUUAUUUCUAGUACCGAAGCUGUGCGCGCGAGCGUAGCCCCAUACCUAAAAAAAUGUGGUAAUCUACCCAUCCGAGAAAUUUUGGUAAUCACGUGACCGUCCGCACCACAGACCUACAAAUGUAAAAUUACUCAAUCAACAGUUGUGACAACCCAAAUGCACCUCGAGGUUAAAUCGAGGGGAAAUCGCAUAGCCACAACAACGACAACAAUAACAACAUUGUAUUUAUUUAAAGAAAUAUAAAGUUACAAUUUUAUGUCCUGCAAAUAGCUAUAAUGCUAAUCUAGGCAGGACAAGACUUUAAAUAAAGACGUUAUUAAAUUACAUAAGAAAAAAGAAAAGAAAAGAAAUACAAAAACAUACAGAUAGAAAUACCUUACAUAUAAAUUCAAGUACAGGGGAUUUUGUUAUUUGAAAAGGACUAAAAUUACAAGUGGAGGUAUAUACAACAUAUGAGGUUAACUUCACAAAAUGUUCUAAUAAAUAAUUCACAUUCAAAUAGUUAUCUUCAUUACCUAGAAUAUUAAGGAGUAGUGAUUUUUUUUUUUUUACACAAAAUUAGGUAUGUUGAGAGUCUUAACAGAAAGUGGAAUAGAAUUCCAGAUAGACACACCAAUUCUAGUAAAAGAUGUUUUCAUUUUUUCAGUUCUAGAAAAUUUGACAGAGAAACAUUCUUUUGCACAUAAUCGCAUAUUAUAAUGAUGUUUUGUAUUGAUUUUCGCAAACUUAUCGAGAAGACUUUUAGGAGCUGUCUUAGCAUGAACGUCAUACAUUAAAUAGCUUAACUGUUGAAAGAACAAAGACUGCAAAGGAAGGCAAGUUGAUUCAAUAAAAAAAGGGAUUGCAUGGUCUCUGGGUUUAGAAAAAUAAAUCAAACGCAGUGCACGUUUUUGCAGAAUAAGUAUCUUAUUGAGGUAGGUCUGUGGACAGUUGCCCCAUGCACAGAUACCGUAAUUUAAAUAAGGAACAAUAAGUGCGUGAUAUAAAUUCAAAAAAGAUGCCGUGGAAUGUAGUGCCUCAUUUUAGCACUAAAUUAUUCCAACCGAUCUACUAAUUUUGUGACUGAGCGGUGCAUGAUUUAUGGUUUUAUCAAAGUGUUCCCAAUUAAUUGCACUUAGGUCAUUCAUGAAUUUAUUAGCAUUAAAGCUGGAAUAAUCCCUAAAUUUAGUCUUUUUUGUAUGUGGUAAUUUUUGCUUGUUUACAUUGACAAUACAGACUUGCGAAAAAUGAUCGGUUGUAUCGGUGACGAUAUUGCCACUAGAAAUAUUAUACGUCAGGUUAUUUGUGAAGAUAUUGUCAAUUAAAGUCGCUGAGGACCCAUACCGCGCUCUUGAUGGCUUAUCGGUUGUAGGAGGCAUAGAAAAACUUUGCAUACACUGAAGCAGUGUCUGGCUUUAUUUACAGUUUUCAUAUUUUAGCAAGUCUAUAUUGAAAUCUCCCAUGAGAUAUAUAUUAUCAUUAUGAUUACUGAAAUACUCGAGGAAAUCCGAAAGAUAGUCAGAAAUUGGUCUGCAUCAUUAUGUUGUCGGUAAACAAUGCCACAGAUAUUUUUCUUGUGAUUUGGUGGUAAAAUUACUGGUAGUGGUAGUGCUUGAUAAGAGGAAUCAGUAGAGCUUUCUAAGACUCGAUAUUUAUAGUUUUCAUUAAUAAGCAAUAGCCAGGUAGUUGUGGUAUAAAAUCAAUAGAUUCGCCUUCGCAUAAAUGCACUUUUUGCACUUUUUAUUUGAGUAUCAGUGUAUUUAGCACGAAAGUGCUAACUGGGGACACUAUAUUUUACGUCUCCUAAUGGAGACGGGACCGCCAUUUUACGUUGUCUCACGCGAAGGUCUAGCCGGUUGUAGUGCAAAAGAAGUACCUUCAUUUCUCAGUCAUUUUAAGACCCUGAGUGUUGGUCCGUCCCCGGGAAUCGAACCCGCAACCUCCCGCUAUGCAGUCAAACGCUCUACCGACUGAGCUAAUCCUGCCACGGUCAAAUCUUCGCCACCCGCAUCUUGUGAAGCUGAAACAACUAAGGAGUCCAUGAAGACGAAGAACAUAUACGACCUUUCCUCCAUAAACCGUGUAACCAGGAAGUUUCAAGUUUCUGGACAUUUCACGUUAUUGUAGUCGUGCAAAACAACGGCAAAGAAAUGUACAAAAAAGUGUGCUGCACGUGCAAAGUUGUUUUUGUUGUAAUUGUUUUUUCACCGUUCUCGUUGCCGUCGCCGCUUAGCAUCACACGAGUUUAUAUUUAGUUUGAGCAAACCAUAAAUGUUACCGAGAACUUCGCUUUUAGCCUUGCCGAAAUCUAUAUAUUAUCCAUAGAUACGGAGUUGCCUCCUAAUUACAUGACUACACUUAACCUACCUAUUCUACAAGACAGACUAAUAAACCAAUUGUUUGAUAAAUGUGAUUUUAGUGGUUAUUACAUCAAUCUGAGAGGUCAAGCAAAAAACUGACUUUUCAGUGUUUUAAACCAAAUAAGGUGAAUUUAUUUAUACAUGGUAAUUCAAACGACAAUUCUCCUUUGCGUAUUCAUACCAAUAUAGUUCGUUGGUAUUUUCUUUGAAGAAACUCGUUAUGACUAAUGUGAAUGUAGUACUGCAAAGUCCUGGUUGUCUAAAAAGUGGAUACUAUCCAGUAAAGAAAGCGAUUAGUUUCCCUAAUAUCUAGUGAGGAUAGCGUUAUCCACCUUCUUAACAAUACUCAGACGUUUCGGGACGGCUGUCCGUUCGUUAGUGCUGAGAUUCGUGCAAACACAUUUGGUUUGGGCAAAAAUCUCACUGAUAAAUGAUCAGUACUUCCUUAACGUCUGAGAGUCUAAAUCAUUUGUUGCUGUUGCAAGAUACUAUCAUCUUCAAACAGUUGCCUAUCAUUAGCGGUACACAGUUUAACUAUCUCUCUAAUCAUGGAUUUUUUCAAUUAAUCUUGUAGCCCCUCAGCAGCCGAUUGGAUCACUUUGUAACCGAUCCAUCUUUGACAAGCAAAAAACCUCAAGUGAUAUCCUUCCCACCGGAGUUUGAACCGGUUCCUUGUAAACCGUUGUUCUUUGACUUGGCACUCAAUCAGGUUCAGUUUCCUUCUCUGGCGCACAAAGUGGAGGAGAAGAAAGCAGCAGGCAUAGCUGGGUAUUUCAAGGGCUGGCUAUGGGGAUCUGGAAAUUAA